AUGGCAACCAUCGAAGCCCAGGACCUCAGAGAAAGAAUUGGGCGCUUUCGAGUUCUGAUCAUGGGGAGAGCAAACGCAGGCAAAACGACCAUCCUUCAGAAGGUCUGCAACACCACGGAUCAACCAGAAAUUUACGAUACUAAAGGAAAGAAGGUGUGGGUGAUGAUCGAUCGCGGAAAUCACGAUAUCGCGAACGAAAUGGUAUUCAAAAGCAAUCCCGGUUUUGUAUUUCACGACUCCUGCAGUUUCGAAGCGGGAUCUGAAGAAGAAUUCAAGAAUAUGAAGAAGUUUAUCUCAGAACGGGCACAUGCGACAAAAUUGGAGGAGCGAAUUCACACCAUCUGGUAUUGUAUUCCGAUGGACGAGCAUUGUCGAACAUUCCAGCGGUCAGAAGAGAAGUUCUUCCGGGAGUGCGACACUGGGCACGUUCCUGUGGUCGUGGUGUUCACUAAAUUCGAAGCUCUACGUCCCGUCGCAUUUGGAGAAAUGAAGAAGCAACUAAAAGGAGUAUCGGGAGAAGAACGCUCAAAGAGGAUUGCCGAGCGCGUCGAGGAACUUUUUACUAAGACAGGAGUCUUGGAUCAGUUGCGCAACCCCGAAAACCGUGCGCGUCCCAAGGCCUAUGUACGCUUGCAGGAAAUGAACAAAACGGAUGCAAACUGCAACACUCUACUGGAACACACCACUUUUGCACUAGACAACGAAGAACUGCGGUUAUGCUUGGUGUCGACACAAAUAUCAAACAUGGAGCUUUGCAUCAAGUGUGCCAUCGCGUGA